AUGAUGAACUGGUUGCUGUUGCUUCUCCAGUUGGGGUGCCUCUUCAACCUGGGGAUUGGGUUAUUUGUGAUCUUUGUGCAUUUCUGUAGAACAGAUAUUCCUGCCGGCAUUAGUCACAAAACGAAAUUUCAUGUCCUACACCUUUCCUAUCUACUAGUGAUAACUUGGGGUAUGAUUUUUGAGAAGCUGGGAAUCUGCUCAAUGCCAAAAGUUGUACGCUUUUUACAAGAACUUGUUCCAGAAAAGAAUUAUCCUGAUGUUGUGGUAAUCAACCAGCACUAUGGAACACUACCUGUGAGGCUAUAUAUGCCAAAGGCACCAUUUACAAAGUCUCGUUGUGGAAUUAUCUUUUUCCAUGGAGGUGGUGGCAUAUUUGGGAACUUGAAGAUUUACAAUGGCUUGUGCAGCUACUUGUCCAAGGAAUGUGACUCAGUGGUUCUGACAGUUAGUUACCGCAAGCUUCCUGAGCACAAGUACUUUGCUCUAUUUGAUGACUGCAUGAAUGCUACCAUCCGUUUCCUGAAGAACCUAGAAAUCUAUGGUGUGGAUCCAUCCCGGGUCAUCAUCUGCGGAGAUAGUAUUGGAGGGACGGGUGCAACUAUUAUUUGCCAAAAUCUUAUAACUCAACCAGAUCUCCCCAAGAUUCGAGCUCAGGUUAUGAUCUAUCCUUUUAUCCAGGGUUGUAAUUUCCAGCUUCCCUCCCAUCAACAGAACAAAAAUGUCCCUAUGCUUACCAGGGACCUGGCUAUUUUCUGUUUUUUUCAACAUCUUGAUAUCCACCCCAUUUGGAAAACUGCUGUCCAGAAUGGUGCCCAUGUACCCCCUGAGAUAUGGGAAAACUUUGAGAAAAGAUUAAGUGUCCACAACCUACCUAAGAGGUUCAUAGAGAAUGGCUUCCAGCCCAUGCCACUCGAUCCUUUUAAUGAGAAUGCUUACAUGGAAACCAAACGAAUCUUAAGUACAACGAUUUCACCCCUACUUGCUGACAAUUACAUAAUUGCUCAGCUCCCCCAAACCUUGCUUGUGAGCUGUGAGUUUGAUAUCUUCCGAGAUGACGCAUUGUUGUACAAGAAGACGUUGGAGGACCACGGGGUGCCAGUGAGCUGGCACCAUAUGGAAGAUGGUUUUCAUGGGAUAUUAGUCACCUUUGACACAAUAUUAGCUUUUCCCUGUGCCUUAAAAAUUAUGAAUAUUAUAGUCAAUUUUGUAAAGGAUCUGUGA